AUGGCGAGCGCCUCCUGCGCCGUUCCAGGCCCAUGCUCCUCGUCCGUCAAGAAUGCCAUGGGCGACGAAACGAAGCGCUCCACGGUGACCGUCGCGCUGCUGGUCCUGGCGUGCUGCCACGCGGCUCUCACGGUCUCCAAUAUCUCCGCGCCGCACGACGACGACGACGACCCGGCAACAGCGGCAGCGCGCGGCGUUGAGCCGGUGGGGUACCUGGCGUCCAUGGCCUCCACGGUCAUCGCGGCGUACGUGGCCUCGGCCGCGUGCGGGGGCGGCCACGGACGGGGUCGACGGCGGCGGCUGCGCCUCGAGGAUCUCCUCGCGGAGGUGCGGCGCACGUGGGCGCGGCCCGCGGCGACGGCGCUGUACAUCGAGCUCCUCACGACGGCCAUGGCGUUGCUCCUGCUCACGCUCCGGGUGUUCCUGGGCGCGGCGGCCACCGGCGAAGCCGGCACGGCCGUGGGGCUCCUGACGGCGUCCGGGUCGGUGGCGCUGGUGGGGUGGCUCGCGCCGGUGCUGUUCGCGCACUCGGACAUCGCCUGCAGGAUGAGCCUCGUCGUCGCCGUCGUUGAGGAGGAGGACGGGUACGCUGGCCGCGCGGCGGUGCACAGGGCCGAGACGCUCGUCGCCGGACGCAGGGCACGCGGCGUCGUCGUUGGUCUAGUGGCCGCCGCUAUCGAACAGGUACCGGCGUGGCUCUGCGGUGACGGCGCGCCGGCGCUGGUGCUCGGGCCGGCGGUUCUCGCGGCCAAGAUCGCCGCGUGCUGCGCCUGCGCGGCGUUCUACUACGAUUGCCGGAGGCGGCAUGAUAGGGUCGGUGACGGUGGCGGUACAUUUAAGCUUGAUGAAGGGAUGUCGAAAUGUUGUGAGGUUGAUGAUGCUUGGGACAUGGCGGAUGAAAGUGAGGCCGAAGAAUUUUGGAGCGCCUUGGCGUGCUUCAGGCUGACGUAG